UCUGCAUUCCAAGCACCCAUUCCUCCAUAACCGUACUGACGAACCUGAAACUCUUCGGAAUCUCACAAGCACAAGCGAGCAGUAGUAUGUCCACAACACGCGUUGCGAUUCUUACAGUCAGCGAUGCGGCGUCCGCGGACGCGAGUGCCGACAGGUCCGGACCUGCUGUACGCGACCUCCUUAUCAUCAACGGUGAAUUCGAAUGCAAGUAUUCGCUGAUCGUGCCCAACGACGAGGCGCACGUACGGCACACCGUGCGUACGUGGUGUGAGCAGGGCGACGUCGAUUGGGUCCUCACCAUUGGCGGUACGGGCUUUGGCGUACGCGACAGGACUCCUGAGGCCAUACGCCCCCUAAUCGAGCGCGAUGCCCCUGGUCUUGUUCACCUCCUGCUUGCGUCAUCCUUGCAAAAGACACCGCUCGCUGCACUCUCGCGCCCGGUAGCGGGCACGGUGAAGAAUACGCUAGUAGUGACCCUGCCGGGAAGCAUGAGGGCCGCGCGAGAGAACUUGGAGGCUUUGCUCGCAAACGGCGUCAUCGACCAUGCACUUCAGCUAGUCAAGAGCGGUUCCGGUGUGCAGCUGCAUGCAGCUCUCGCAGCUGUGGCAUCUGAUCAGCACUCGAAGGCCCAUCACCACCACCAUCACCACUCCCAUGCUCCCCAGCCGAGAAGUGUCCUGUCACACGACCCUGCCCUGCCAGUGACCAUGAGGCCAAGGGAGUCACCAUACCCUCCGGUCUCGGUUGACUCAGCAACUUCUUCAAUUCUCAGCGCGAUCAAACCUCUUCCCGUGGUCCAGCUUCCUUUCGGUCCAGAGCUGAAAGGACAUGUGUUAGCGGAGGAUGUGCAUGCCCCGCAAGAUCUGCCGUCCACGUCCACCGCGAGCGUCGAUGGCUACGCUCUGCACUCUUAUGACCAGCCGGGCGUCUAUCGGGUGCUCACCUCACGCACGCACAAGCUCUCCGACCCGCUGCCGCUCGAUGCAGUCUACCGCAUCAACACAGGCGCACCACUUCCCGCGGGCGCAGACACGAUUAUCAUGGUCGAGGACACCCGCCUGCAUAGCACAGUGAACGACGACAGCGGGCAGGAGGAGGAGAAGGAGGUCAAGACACUCGUGCAGGUGCCGAAGGGAGAUAACGUGCGCGCGCCGGGGUCGGAUAUUCGAAAGGAUGAACUGGUUCUCGAAGCUGGGCAGGUGCUGCACGAUACCGGAGGGGAGAUCGGCACGUUGGCGCUUGUCGGGCGGAAAGAGGUCGGCGUGUACAGGAAGCCAGUCGUCGCGAUUAUGAGCACCGGAAGCGAGCUCAUUGAUGUUCGCGCGCCAAAGUCGCUAGAAAGCGACAGCCAGGGCGGGAUCUCGGACACGAACCGGCCGUCGCUCCAGGCUGCGCUCUUAGGAAUGGGCUAUCGCGUUGUUGAUCUCGGGAUUGUGCCUGACGACCUCGAUGCUCAUGUCUCGACGAUUGAGAAGGGCCUGCAGGAGGCAGAUCUGUUGCUCACGACAGGCGGAACAUCAAUGGGCACGAGCGAUCUGCUCAAGCCGGUCAUCGAGAGACAGCUCGGGGGCACCGUGCACUUUGGGCGUGUCUCUGUUGAACCGGGCAAGUCGACAACGUUCGCAACCAUCCCCGCGGCCGCGCACCCGAACGGAAGCAUCCCGAUGUUCGCGCUGCCAGGCAGUCUGGCAGCGGCUCUCGUCACCUUCAACAUCUUCAUGGUACCUGCACUGCGUAGACUCGGCGGGUGGCCCAUGGAGCACUGUCAGUUGCCUAAGGUGAUGGUCAAGAUACAAGAUUCUAUGCAGCUCGACCCUUGCCCGGAGUACCACCGUAUCAUCAUCAAGGCCGGUCCGACGGGCCUCAAUGCGUACAGCACGGGUGGACAGCGAUCAAGUAGGGUUACUGGUCUGAGCGGGGCGAAUGGGUUGGUGGCGUUGCCCGCUAAAAGCGGAGUCGGUCCAGACAAACUAGAAGUUGGUGAGAUGGCGGUUUCCACAUAUUGCGACAUGCGAUACUAUCUCUUCAUCGUGGCCAACUCCAAUUCAUCAAUUUCUUUUUGAAGCGCAGCGACUUCAUCUUCCAGUCGUUCUCGUUGUCUGGUCAGCAUUUGUAUACGCCUGACAUCUAGCUUGCUCACGCCGGCCGUAUUCAUGUGGAUGCCA